CCCCCACCACCACACCAUAACCUAAGCAAAACUCUCUUCUUCACAACGUAAAAAGCAGAAACAGAGCUUCUUUUUUUCUACACACCAAGAGAGGGAGAGAGAGAGAGAGAUCUAGAAGAAGAUGAUGGGAUGAGAUACGCGAGGAAGAUGACUUUUAAGCGCGUAAGAAACUUCUAAGCGCUUGAUUCUUCUAAGGAUUCUUCAAUUAUCGACGUGCGAUUCUUAAUUUGUUUUUUUUGGGUGUGCUUGAGACAGAGACGACGCUUGGUGUAACAAUCCUUUGUGUUCUGUUUUGUGUUUGCUGGAAGAAAAUAAAAUUAAAAAAAUGGAGAUUGCGGCAAAGAGUAAUUCGAAACCUAUGUAUUCAUGGUGGUGGGAUAGUCACUAUACCCCUAAGAAUUCUAAAUGGCUUCUGGAGAAUCUUGCUGGUAUGGAUAACAAUGUGAAACAAAUGAUCAAGGUUCUUGAAGAAGAUGCAGAUUCUUUUGCUAGACGAGCAGAGAUGUAUUACCGUAAACGUCCUGAGCUUAUGAAAUUGGUUGAAGAGUUCUACCGUGCAUAUCGUGCAUUAGCUGAAAGGUAUAAUCAUGCAACUGGGGUUAUACACAAGGCUCAUCAGACUAUAUCAGAAGCGUUCCCUAGCCAAGUUCCUUUGAUAUUUGGCGAUGAGUCGUCACAUGGUGGUGCUUUGACAAAUGAUGUUGAUCCACAGACACCGGAGAUGCUUCCUCCUUUCCGAGCUCGGGUUGGCCCGGAUGGGUUGCUAAAAGAUAUAAAGAGGAAUAUAGAUUUUAGUGAAGAAGCUCCGUUUGUGAGUAGUGGGAGAGCAAGAAAGGGACUGAAUUUUAAUAAUCUCAAGGCUUCACAAUCUGAACGAGCUAGCAAAGCUGAUGCUGAACUUGUUGCUUUAAGAGACUCCCUUUCUAAAAUGCAGGCGGAAAAAGAAGCUAGCUUAGCACUGUUUGAGAAGAAUUUGGAGAGACUGUCCAAUCUAGAAUCUGAAGUAUCUCGUGCACAAGAAGACUCAAGGGGACUUCGUGACACAGCCGCUAGUGCCGAAGCUGAGAUCCAAACGCUCAGAGAAACUCUUUACAAACUGGAGUCUGAAAAGGAAUCCAGCCUUCUUCGGUAUGAAAAAUGCCUGCAAAAGAUCGCUGAUUUGGAAGAUGGACUCUCUGUAGCCCAUAAGGAAGCUGGAGGAAUGAAUGAGCGAGCAAGCAAAGCUGAAGCUGAAAUUCUCGCUUUGAAGCAAAGCCUUGCUAAAGCCGAAACUGAAAAGGAAGCUGCUCUUGUUCAAUACAGGCAAUGCUUGGAUACGAUAUCUAACCUAGAAGAGAGACCGAGGAAGGCUGAGGAAGGUACAAGGAUUAUCAAUGAGAGGGCUGAAAAGGCUGGGGUAGAAGUUGAAAACUUGAAGGAAACAAUCUUGAAUUUGAUCAAGGACAAGGAAGCUUCUGAACUUCAGUUCCAACAGUGCCUGAAUAUAAUUGCGGAUCUAAAAGUCAAACUACACCAUGCUCAAGAAGAAACACAAAGUCUUAGCCAUGAAAUAGAGGAUGGAGUCGCUAAGUUAAAGUUUUCUGAGGAGAAAUGUCUUGUGCUUGAGAGAUCAAAUCAGAAUCUUCACUCUGAGCUGGAUGGUCUCUUGGAGAAACUGGUGAAUCAAAGUCUGAAGUUCACCGAGAAGCAAACAGAGCUGGUCAAACUGUGGAGUUGUGUACAAGAAGAGCAUUUGCGUUUCCAAGAAGUUGAGACGGCGUUUCAAACCCUACAGCAGUUGCACUCUCAGUCUCAGGAGGAGCUAAAUAAUUUGGCUGUGGAACUUCAAACCAGUUCUCAGAUCAUGAAAGACAUGGAGAUCCGAAACAGUGAGUUGCAUGAGGAAAUUGAGCAAGCAAAGGUCGAGAACAAAGGUCUCAAUGAGCUCAAUCUCUCUUCGUUUGCAUCAAUUAAAAGCUUACAAGAGGAUGUCUCAAGCCUAAAGGAAAUAAUACGCAAACUUGAAGCAGAUGUUGAGCUAAGAGUUGACCAGAGAAAUGCUUUACAGCAAGAAAUCUAUUAUCUUAAAGAGGAAUUAAGUCAGGUAGGGAAGAAAAACCAGUCCAUGGUAGAACAGGUGGAGUUAGUUGGGUCAUCAGUCAAAGAGUUGCAGGAGGAGACCUCAACCUUAAAAGAAUGCAAUGAGAGAGUGAAAAGCGAAAAGAUGACUCUUUCAGAGAAAUUGGCAAGUAUGGAUAAGCUUGUUCAGAAAAACCAUAUGCUAGAAAAAUCUAUAUCAGAUUUGAAUUUUGAGUUGAAAUCAAUCAGAAGGAAGCUGAAGACGUUGGAGGAAGCUUGUCAGUCACUCUCAGAAGAGAAAUCAUGCCUUGUAUCUGAGAACCAACAAACUGCCAUUGAGAACAUUAUCCUUAUUGAAUGGCUUCAGCAGCUUAAGUUAGAAGCAGUUGGUAUUGAAACAGAGAAGAAGAACCUUGAGGGUAAGGCAAACAAGAUUGGUGAUAAGUUAAUAGAUGCAGAAACUGAGAAUAUGCAGCUGAAGAGAAACCUGCUUUUUAUCAGAUCAGACAAAGAUCACUUAGAAGAUGAAAUUGCUAAUGUGAAGGAUCAGUUACAUGAGAAGGAGAAGGAACUUGAAGAAAUCAAAGGGGAGAAAGAAAAGCUGAAUCAAGAGGUUUUCAAAGAGAGGAGAAAGGCUGAAUAUUGGGAGUCUCAAGCUGCUACAUUCUUUUGCGAUAAGGAGAUCGCAGCUGUACAUGAAACAUUGAUCGAAGCGACGACACGUGAGCUAGCUGAAGCCUGCAAGAAUCUUGAAAGCAAAAGCGCAUCGAAAGAUGCGGUUAUUGAAAUGCUUAAAAGAAGCCAAGCUAUUGUCUUGUUGAAUAAAAGCAUUAAAUCUUUGGAGGAUUAUGUUUUCGUGCGCCGUGAAUCUGAGGAUGAAAUUUCAAAGGGUACUGAUUCAGUGGAUGAACUCCCCAAGCUGGAAGAUAUGUGUUUGAGAAUCAAAGCAGUUGCAGAGGCAAUAAUGGAGAAGGAGAAGCUUCUGAUUCUUGAGAACACGAAUGCCUACUCUAUGCUUGAGGCAUCGUUGAAACAAAUCAAAGAAUUAAAAACAGGCGUCGCCGGGAGAAGCAUGAGGAAGCAAGAAGGAGGAAAUGGCAAAAUGCGGAAGCAGAGUCACGAAAUCGAGAUGGAAAUGAAAGAUAUUGUGCUUGAUCAAACGUCUGAUGGAUCUUCGUACGAGAUUGUUAGUAAGAAAGGCACUUUGGAAUUAGAUCAUUACGGUUUUGUUGAGCUAAAGCCAGUGAAGACUCACAAGAACGAAACUGCGGCUAGAACUGCAAAAGGUAAAUCCUUGUCUGAAGAGUCACUGGUUGUCGAUAAAGUAGAGAUUUUCGACGGGUUCAUGGAUCCGAACAGAGAAGUAAACAAGAGGAAAGUUGUAGAAAGACUUGAUUCGGAUUUACAGAACCUGGAGAAUCUUCAAAUCACUGUAGAAGUUUUGAAAAGCAAAGUCGAUGCAGUGGAGAAGGAAAAGAUGAAAGUUGGAGAAAACGAGUAUGAAACGAUCAAAGGACAGCUCGAAGAAGCAGACGAAGCAAUAGAGAAGCUGUUUAACGUCAAUCGAAAGCUGACCACAAAAGCCGAAUCAGAGAAGGAUAUUGAUAGAAGACAGAGAAUAUCCGAACAAGCAAGAAGAGGAUCAGAGAAGAUUGUGAGGUUACAGCAGGAGAUACAGAGGAUUCAGUUUAUGUUGAUGAAGCUUGAAGGCGAGAGAGAGCAUCGAGCUAGGACGAAGGUUUCUGAUACCAAAUCCAAAGUUCUUCUUCGUGACUAUAUCUAUGGUGGAUCUAGAAGCGUAACCAUGAAGAAAAGGACGAAGAAGCGGUCUGCGUUUUGUGGUUGUGUUCAGCAGCCACAGUCUCCUUGAAGUUAUUGAAACUGUGUUGUUACUUCAGUCGCAAGUAGCAAAUAUAUUAAUGUCAAUUGUUUAACUGCGUUUGCGAUUAUGUUUUUGAACGCAGACGCGCUAGGAGUAGGUGCGUUCAAAUAACGGACUUAUUUUUUUUAACUUUUUUUUUUGUUAAGAAAAGACUCCUUAAUCUCUUGAUGACAGUAAAAAGCUUUUAGCAA